UUACAAUCAGAGAAGAGUUCGUACACACAUACAUGUCCUCCGACAUUUAUAGGAGUUCAACGGAAUUUAAAAUACCGUAACUUUAGAUAUGCGUAAACAAAGACAAUUGUAAAGGGAAUGAAUGAUAAACGAGAGAUGACAAAUAUAAAACUUAGAUAAGACAGUAUUGCCAGAUCAAACUUGACAUUAUUAAAAAAAAAACUUAAUCUAAUGUAACUAAUCCUAAACAAUUAAUAGCAGGUACCCUAAAUACUGUUUUACUAUUUUUAUGGUAAUUCCUUACAAACAGAAUAUGAGACCAACAUACAAAUUUAAUACACAACGCGCUUCAGAUGUCGCGUGUGUAUAGCCAUUAAAUUGAUACUUUUAUUCAACAAUCCAGUGAUCGAACUUAAGAGUGAGUUAUUGGUAGACGAUUUAUCGAGAAAUCCAUUAUGACAACCGUGACGUAGAGUGUAGGCAACAAUCAAUAAUAAUGGUUUGAAGAUGUUGUUGUCAUGGAAACCGUUUACAAUUCUUGAACAUUUUGCAGGAAAUUUUUAAUAUAGUGGAUUGAUAUACUUAAAUUUUGAUAUCAAUCUAUGAAUAUAGUGAAAUAUUCAUAUUUCCGAUAAUUGCAUGUCAUUUCUUUGCAAAACUAUGUGACGUAGAAAAGUGAGAGUGUUUGCAACUAGAAAGCAUUUUCAUGAGCGUAUAACGUCCGGGUAAACCAUCAAAAUGACAGAUUAUUGCCCGCAAUAGAUUUUUCUAGACUCGUGUAUUGUGUCCUCAGGUGCCCGGUUAAAAAUUUUGACUGCAAUAUUUAUUGGUUCUGGGAGCGUGAUGUAAUGUCGCUAAGAAGUAUAUUUACUGACGGUAUCUCAAAACAAAUAAUAUUAAACAUUGUGUGAUACAUUUUAUAUAUAAAUAAUAAUUUACGAAAAGUAAGGAAAUGAAUUCAAUAUUUAGAAACAUGGACAAGAAAAGUUUACCAAAAUUAUUCAAUAACGAAACAUUACUUUGUUUUGCUGUUAAUUAAUGUACGUGGAUGGACAGUCUUCCCAGAUUUAAGUCAGUCAACAGUCGAUGGUUAGCUGUGCGCCACCUAUGUUGUUGUUUUCCCACUAAAAGAGCUGUAUCGGCGGGGUCGGACCAUAAGGAGAAAGGUAUUAGAUGAGUGGGGUCCGUUGGGCAUGCAAAGAGGUGGUGUCAUGCGGAUACUCUUUGCAUGCUGGACUUAUGUAUGAUAUGUCGGGGUCGAUUCUGCAUAGGUAUGUGUUUAACCUGCUACAGUAUCCAGAACGAAGAUACGCCACCUAUCGACAAGCUUGCCUUGUUUGGAACAAAAUCUUCUUGAUGCAUAUUGAGACACUACACUCUAUGAUGAACAAAAUACAUCAAAUACACACGUUAUUUGCUAUAAUAUGGGCAACCUGCGUCUAAUCUCAUCCAAAAGAUCUUUGGCAAAGUGCAAGGACUACAUGCGUAAAGAUAUUCUACAUUGUUUGUGCGCUGCUAAUCAAAAUCCGCAAAAUUACGAUUCUUUCGGCACUGCGAUCUGAUUGUACGGGCGGAUAGAGGAUAUACACAUAUACCUGCCUCUGACUUAUAGUUUUCGAGAUAUUUGUAUUUAAAGUUCCAAAAUUUGUUAAAGUUAUGCACGCCCUACACUAUGUUUAACACCCUGUCGACCCAUUUGUCAACUCAUUUGUACACAUUAAAAUAUAUCCAUAAUAUAGAUUUAUUGUGCAUUUUUAAAGUAAGUAAAUAUAUUAUAUAUAAGAAAUUUGUAUUUUUACAUUAAUGACAAAUAUCAGUAUUGCCACAUGCUGUGUUGUGCAAAAAUUAUCAAAAAAUGUUUUGUUGUUGUUGUUGUAGCGGCAGAAUUUUGUCGAGUUGACAGUCCUUGGCCGGAAAAAAUCCGGAUCCGUUCCGGUUACGUAGAUCCGAAUGUUAUGGAAACGGCAAAAAAAAAGAUUUAGUACCCCGCCCUCUCCUCAUAUAUCGGUUAUGUUGCAAACUACUAAAACAGAGAUGUUGUGGGACAAUGGUGCGCUCCGUCAGCGACAUUAGUUCCAAACUCUUGACGAUGCGAUGAGACGAUUAAGUCAGCUGCAUGCCGCAGUGCAUAGCUCCUCUACUGAUUCCAAAAGUGCAUCAUGUGGCGCAAUCUCGGAGGACGUAGCUCCUCCAACCAGGUUAUGAUUAUCCAUGAAGCGCUCAAAAUGUGAUUCAAGUGACUUGAGCUCUUGUUGAAAGUGAAACACAUCACGACCUUCUAUGGCACCUUCCGAGAAACGUGUAUGUAUGUGCUUUAUUGCUUUCACUGUUGAUGUACGCUAAUUGAGCUCCGCCAUGAAACCCCAAAACCGCAAUUACAAAACGAAAUUAAAAAAUAUUUGUCCUCACAGGAGGCACCAAAAUGAGGAAUACUUAAUUUACCAGCGGGUAGAGUUCUCAAUGCUUUAUUGGGAUUUGUACAAUUGUGAACGGUUUGUUUGACACCAAACUAGAGAUGAGUAUAAUCAGCACCGAGUUACAAUCAGAGAAGAGUUCGUACACACAUACAUGUCCUCCGACAUUUAUAGGAGUUCAACGGAAUUUAAAAUACCGUAACUUUAGAUAUGCGUAAACAAAGACAAUUGUAAAGGGAAUGAAUGAUAAACGAGAGAUGACAAAUAUAAAACUUAGAUAAGACAGUAUUGCCAGAUCAAACUUGACAUUAUUAAAAAAACUUAAUCUAAUGUAACUAAUCCUAAACAAUUAAUAGCAGGUACCCUAAAUACUGUUUUACUAUUUUUAUGGUAAUUCCUUAUAAACAGAAUAUGAGACCAACAUACAAAUUUAAUACACAACGCGCUUUAGAUGUCGCGUGUGUAUAGCCAUUAAAUUGAUACUUUUAUUCAACAAUCCACUGAUCGAACUUAAGAGUGAGUUAUUGGUAGACGAUUUAUCGAGAAAUCCAUUAUGACAACCGUGACGUAGAGUGUAGGCAACAAUCAAUAAUAAUGGUUUGAAGAUGUUGUUGUCAUGGAAACCGUUUACAAUUCUUGAACAUUUUGCAGGAAAUUUUUAAUAUAGUGGAUUGAUAUACUUAAAUUUUGAUAUCAAUCUAUGAAUAUAGUGAAAUAUUCAUAUUUCCGAUAAUUGCAUGUCAUUUCUUUGCAAAACUAUGUGACGUAGAAAAGUGAGAGUGUUUGCAACUAGAAAGCAUUUUCAUGAGCGUAUAACGUCCGGGUAAACCAUCAAAAUGACAGAUUAUUGCCCGCAAUAGAUUUUUCUAGACUCGUGUAUUGUGUCCUCAGGUGCCCGGUUAAAAAUUUUGACUGCAAUAUUUAUUGGUUCUGGGAGCGUGAUGUAAUGUCGCUAAGAAGUAUAUUUACUGACGGUAUCUCAAAACAAAUAAUAUUAAACAUUGUGUGAUACAUUUUAUAUAUAAAUAAAGUCCUAAAUUUCAAAAAGGAUGCUUGUAAGUUAUGCGAUACCAGCACUUCCUUCCAAUUCAUCUCAAGAUGGUAUCCGAGAAACAAUGUUAUAUAGUGGAUCAAAGUUUAAAGGAUUUCAAAAGUCUCAAGGAAAUUCAUAUGACGUGGAAGUUGUUCUGCAGCAUAUCGAUUUGCAAAAUUCUUUUUUAUGUGGAUAUUUAAAAAUUAAUGGACUGACCUUCGAAUUUCCAACUCUUACAACAUUUUUUGAUGGAGAAAUUAUAUCGAAGAAAUAUCCAUUUUUAACCAGAAAAUGGGAAGCAGAUGAGGAUGUUGACAAAGGGCAUUGGAGCAAAUUUGCCGCCUUUUCUGAGUACGAAGAGUCGUUUAAUUCGGAUAAUUUUGACUUUAAAAAUUUGGCGAAUAGCGACUAUGUAUUCAUGCGAUGGAAAGAACAUUUCCUAGUGCCGGAUCAUACGAUAAAGGAUAUAAAUGGGGCCUCUUUCGCUGGAUUUUAUUAUAUUUGCUUUAUAAAAUCUAGUGGCAGGGUGGAAGGUUAUUAUUACCAUCGCUCAUCAGAGUUAUAUCAAUCUAUUGAAUUAGAACACAUGCCAGAAAAUUCUUCCGAAGUGUAUGAAUUUAGAUAAAGUGAAAAUUGUAAUUUAUUUGUUAUCAUUAAGUCAUACAAUAAAUAUUUAUCAAAAAAAUU